AUGAAUUAAUUAUUUUGUCUAUGAGUUUCAAUGUCGCACAUCCGAACAAGUGUAACAACACUACGAAAAAUAUUUUUUGUUUAUGGUAGAAAUAUUAGAUUCUCAUUGGAUGUACAGCGGCUGGUUAAAAAUGGCGCGCGUAGUGUAUACUCUAUGGUGAGCGUUUUGUCACAUCCUGUUAUGUGUAGGGAGAGUGCAUGGCCUCGACGUUGAUCCCGUUCUAAGAUAUUUUUUCCUUCGUUGCUGCUGUUUAGAAAAUAUAGACGGUGUUAAAUUUCGUGAUGGUGUUCUUUAAAAGGCCAUGGAUUUGAUGAAAACGGACUAUGAGUUCCUAGACUUAUCUGAUGUGAAGGACGCGGAAUUGAACCGACUGCAGUGUGCCCUGUACGACCGGAUACCCGACAUCUCGGCCACUGCUCUCGCCGGUGGUUGGAACAAACCUACUAUAGGUAAGUAUCACACGAAAGUGUUCAUCUCCACUGGUCGUCCGUCGGUAAGACCGGUCGACGCGGUUUAUUUAGUUAGUAAAAUAAAGAGUACUUUGAUGGCAGCAGAUCCGUCUUCCUGUUCGUCGAGCACGGCGGGCGCCCCGACCGUGUCGAGCAGCGUGGACAGUCUGUCGGGCGGCGAGUGCGACAUGGCGCCCCACUCGCCGGCGCGCGCCCCGCCGCAGCACGCGCCGCCGCCGUACGCGCAGCCGCCGCCCGCCUACCCGCCGCCGCACCACCACCAGUGGCCCGUGGCGCCGCCCAACGUGUACGUCAGCCAGGUCACGGCUAACGUCAACGUGCACGGCUACAUGGGCCAGUACUACCAGCCGCAGCCGCAGUACCCGCCCGCGCCGGAGCGCGCAGCCCGCGCCCCGCGCCGCGACCGCCGUGGCAAGCGCCCGCCGUCUCCGCCGCCGCAGCCGCCGCCCUACUACCUGCAGUACCCGCAGUACUACCCCGCCGCACAGGCGCAGGGCGCGCCGCUCUACCACCUACCCGUGUACCAGCCUCUCGUCUACGGACCCUAUGCGUACCCGCCCUAUUACCCUGAGUACCCCAUGCCCGUAGAGGGUGAAGCUGACAAGGGUCCCGAGGAAUACCCCCAGGAGGUUGUGAUGGAGCAGGAGGCCGUAGACGCUUACUACGCGAGCGCCCACUACGCUGCGCCGCCAUACGGUCCACCAGUAGAGGGUGGCGUGGAGUAUAUACCACCGAUGUACCUUCCUCCGCCGCCCCACCCGCCUCCAGUACCAAUGCAGCAGCAACAACAACCGCCUCCACAGACCACGCCACAUCAGUUUAACGUACACGCUAAAAACUUCGUGCAAGGCCAAAAUCAAAACAAAAAUUAUACACAAGAUAAGAGUCAGGAACAGAAACCCAUGCCUGCACCACCUACAGCAUCAGCAACAGCUGCUUCAGUAGAAUCCUUACCUCUAAAGGACCUUAAAAUCAGCAAAGGUCCCGGUAGUCCUAAACAGUCGGAUCGUGUCAACGAACCGGGUCAAGCAAAGCUGUCACCAGUCGAAAAAGUUACAACAGCGCCGAAGACUGAAACCACGAAGUCGUCGUGGAAUGCUGCGGAGUCAAAACCUGAACAACCGAUUGCAGCUCAAUCACCAGCAAACAAAUCUUUCCCUCCAUCAGCACCACCCUCGAAUCAAAUGCCUACAAAUAAGAUUCCACCCGCAGUACCGAAGCCAAGUAAAGGCCCCGCAGCUCCGUUUUCGGGUGGCAAACAGCCUGCGAAACCUGUGGUGCCGCAAACAGUGGUACCGGUGCAACAAGCCGCUUCCACUCCGAAAGCUCCUUUCGGUAGCCGACAAAAGCGUGAUGGACCUGCUAAUCGCUCUCCGUCUAACGACAACAAUGAAAGUUCUGAUCGGAAUGCGCCCACGAGCGACCACGCCAAACGUGAACCUCCACUGCCGCCCAGCAAAGCCCCAAUGCCGAUCUCUAUCACGUUGCAUUCCGCCGGGCCGCCUCUCAUUGUUAGCAAUAAAGCACCGUUCGGUCACUCGCGCAAAGGUGGUGCGGCACCCGAGCCUCCUCCGGCGCCGCAGCCCCCGCCUCCAGCCCCCACUGCUUCAGACUUCCCCCCUCCGCCCACCCCGCGCAACCAGCCGGCGCCGCCUCCCGCGCUGCCUCCAGCGCCGCAGCCCGCGCCCGGCAAGUCUUGGGCGAGCUUGUUCUCCAACAAACCAAGCGGCGCACCACCACCCGCCCCUGCCGUCCUGCCGGCACCCGAGGAUCCGCCCAGCCCUACGACGGCAACACCUCCCAUUGCUACGAAUGUUCAAAAGCCAGUAGCGAAGGUGCCGCCCUUCGACGCUUCGCCAUUGCAGGCAACAGCUACUGACAAGAGCUCCCCGACACCACGUCCUGCCGCGCCCGCAGUGUCGUACUCCGAGAAGACGUCAGUGAACGCGACAGCAGGCGCGGCGCGUGCGGCCGCGGCCCCGGAGCCCCGCGAGCAGCGCGAACCUCGUGAGGCCCGCGAGGCGCGCGAGCCCCGCGAGGCACCCCCAGCUAAGGAGCCGAGCCCCACUCAACCACAACAACCUUCACCCUUCAGUGACGACCCCAACUCUUACAGGAUGGGAGAAUUCCUGUCUAAAUACCAACUGGACAAUCGGCCAGUGGCCUUACUGCCUCGAGGUCUCACCAACCGUUCCAACUACUGCUAUGUGAAUGCGAUCCUGCAAGCACUGAUCGCCUGCCCGCCGUUCUACAACAUGCUGAAGGCAUUGCCCUACCAGACUCGCCGCGGAAAGUCCAGCACACCUGUCAUUGACUCCUUAGUGGAGUUGUGCUACGAGUUCAGUCCGCUAGCGCCGGGCAGCACACGCGGCGGUCGGGGUGCGGGCUCGGGCUCCGCCCCCGCCGUGCCGGCCGGGCCUCCGCUGGAAGGCGGCGCCGGCCAGCGGGUGCUGCGGGCGCUGCGCCCCUUCCCCGGCUCACAGGAGGGCAGGCAAGAAGAUGCAGAGGAGUUCCUGGGUUGCUUGCUAAAUUCUCUCAACGAUGAGAUGCUUGAGCUGAUAAAGCUCGUAGAGCCAGAAGAGCCGCGCGCCCCCGGCGCGGCGGCGCCGAGCCCCGCGGGCGCGGCGGGCGCGGCGGGCGGCGAGGCGGCGGACGAUGACGAGUGGAAGGUGAUGGGGCCACGCAACCGCGGCGCCGUGGAGCGGCGCUGGGCGGCGCGCCGCACGCCGGUGGCCGACAUCUUCCGCGGCCGCACGCGCCUGCGUCUGCACCGCGCCGCGCACCAUGACGUCACGGACGCCGUGCAGCCAUUCUUCACACUCCAACUCGACAUCGAGCGUGCAAACAGCGUGAAAGAUGCCCUGGAACUGUUAGCUGGCAAGGACACUCUGGAGGGCGUGAGUGAUGCCUGGCAACAACUGUCUCUGGAACAGCUCCCCGUGGUCCUUCUCUUGCACCUCAAAUGUUUCCAACUGGAUGCAGAUGGCCACACAGCCAAGAUUGUCAAGAACAUUGACUUCCCUAUUGAUUUGAAAAUUGAUCCAAAUGCACAAUGA